GCUCGCCCAUCCUCCAGAGAAAUCUGGGAUCCAAAGGAGCUGACCAGUGUGCACGACAUUCCAGCCGCAGCUUUCAGCUCUGUUUAGAAACUAUUUUCGGACAAACGUGAAGGCAGACGAGGUGGUGUCAUUUUGUGAGUCACCUGCCGGGAGAACUGUCUGCAGUCAUAUACCACAACCAGUAAGACAACUUAAAAGUCCCUUUUAAUCUAUUUAAAUGACAAACUGCAUUGAUUGAUCUUUUUCUUUGGUGACCAUCCUGCUGUCCGCUUUCUUCAGCAUUACAUCUAUCAUCAUGUCUAACCAGCCAGUCCAAAACCAGCAUGAAGGAGCCUAUAUGUCAAUCAUGAAAGGCUUGAGAGAACUGAACCUCUGUGGCCCCUGUGUUCCCAGUGACCUGGUGCUGAUCGGAGACCAUGCCUUUCCUUUAGCAAUGAACAGUCGUGGGCAGGUCCUGAUGGCCGCCUCUCUGUACGGCUGUGGGAGAAUUGUUGUCCUGGGUCAUGAGGACUACCUGACUGCCUUCCCUGCUUUGGUAGAGAAUGCCCUGAGCUGGCUGAGAGGUGACGGAUCGGACAACCUCUCUGUAGGCUUGCACAAUAACGUCAAGGCAGUUGCUGAAAACCUCAGUAGAUCCAGCUUCCAGACCGAAGUGGUAUGGGCCUUUAGUAACAAACCUGAAGUUGGUGUUUAUGUGACAGAUGCCUACAGCGUGGGGGCUGACCCAAGGGACCUAGUGGCAUUUCUGAAAGCAGGGGGAGGCGUGCUGAUUGCGGGGCAGGCAUGGAGCUGGGCUGCAGAGCACCCGAAGGAGAACACGCUUCAUAAUUUUGAAGGGAACAAGGUGUCUGGUGUAGCUGGGAUCUACUUCUCUGAGAAUGUGGGUGAGGUGGAGAACCUCCCUGUCUACCCACAGAUCCCAUCCUCCUGGAUGGCUGCAGUAAUUGGUAAAGAUUUCGAGGACGACUUGGAGUUCUUGCUCCAGGGGAUUUCAGAAUUUAAUGUCCGCGAUGGGUUGCUAGCUUCUGAAGUUCUGGUUCACGGUCCACUAGCCUUCCCCAUCGGGACCACAGCUGAUGGGCGGGCGUUCCUGGCAGGAGCCUACUACGGUCAGGGCCGGGUCAUUGUGGUUACACAUGAAGGACUUCUGGGAAGUGAGGAAAUGGCCCCGUUUUGGAAAAAUUCCCUUCACUGGUUGGACGAAGGCCGCAGGGGGGUUGUUGGUGUUGUAUUUGAUCAUGCCCUCCAAGCUCUCAGCAUGUCAGGCCUGAAGUGUGAGAAAACUGACUUCAGGGAAGACCUGAGUGUGUUUGUGGGUUCUGCUUACAGUGGUGACCACAUAGAAGAAAUCCAAGACUUUGUAGCAGAGGGUGGAGGCCUGUUGAUUGGUGGACACGCCUGGUACUGGGCACAGACGCACCAUGGCCAAAACCCAUUAACUGAUUUCUCAGCUAACAAAAUCCUCAACAAAAUGGGGUUGAGCCUGUUGGGGGCCACAAUUUCUGCAGGUGUUUACAAAGCCCCCGUUCCCAGCCAGGCCAUCAAAGAUACCUACCACUUCCGUCACCUUUUACACCGCUUUGCUCAGCAUGUAACUGCUGGUGAAGAACUCGACAAACAUGAGGAGGAACGUCUUAAAAAGCUAGGCAACGACUGCGCCGCCUACUUGAACAUGAAGGCCUAUGACAGCUGCUUCUACAACCAGGUGGUGUCCACACUCACGGACAUCCUGAAGAGGUCAGGGCUGCCACAGGUGAGUGACAGCUGUCCUGUUCAGAGUCCCAAAGACCACCUUCUUCUCAAUGUUGGGGCAGAGGUUUUUAAGGUUUGUCCAGACCCAGAUACCCUCCUGCCCUACCUCAUCACGCAUAACCCGCUGUUACCAGUUGUCUACAACAAAAGAAUCAAGAUUCAUGUUAACACAGCAGGAGGGGAGGAGUGGAUCAGUACAGGUCUCUUCCUCUCUCCUGGUAUGAAGACCUACUUGGCCAUACCUGCAGAGAUGGUCAACAAGGAAUGGCAGAUUCAGAUUGGCUGUCAAACGGAUCAUCUGCACGCAUCAGAGCUGAAGAGACCUCCACGUGUUCAUGAACGAUUUGCUGUUACCUCAGAGAUGAUGCAGGUGUGGAACCUGUGGGGAGGACUACUUUAUCUGGUGGCCCCUUCCAAUACACAAGUGGACGGGGUGGAGGUCAUAGUCCAGAUGGCUGUACCUGCACCCUAUUAUAAAUCAGGUGUGACAACAGCAGCUGAGUGGUCAAUGCUGCGCAGAUCUCCUUCUCCCUGGGCAGAGUUGGAGUUUGACAACAUCAUCCUCACUGUACCAUCAGAGGCGGUGUGGAACCUGGACCGCCCUGAUGAGCUGGCGGCCCACUGGAAUACUAUCAUGAAGGGCAUUGCUGAUCUCGCCGCCAUACCACACAAAUUUCCUCGCAAAGAGCGCUUUGUAGCAGAUGUGCAGAUUUCUCAUGGUUGGAUGCAUGCAGGCUAUCCUGUCAUGGCACACAAAUCCUCAGCAACUGAGCUGGUCAGUGUUGAGCAUGCCAGGAGUCAGGGCAUAUGGGGCCCCAUUCAUGAGCUUGGACACAACCAACAGAGAGGAUGCUGGGAGUUCCCAUCACACACUACAGAGUGUACAUGCAACCUGUGGUCAGUGUACGUGCAUGAGGAGGUGCUGGGGAUCAACAGGGCACAGGCUCAUCCUGCCAUGACUCUGGAAAAUCGAAACAGUCGAGCAAAAGAAUAUGUCCAGGGGGGCAGGAAUCUCAGCAGCUGGGACAUGUGGGUGGCUCUGGAGACAUAUAUGCAGCUCCAGGAAAAGUUUGGCUGGGAUGCCUUCAAGAAGGUGUUUGCUGCUUACCACAAGAUGAGCGAUUUCCCCAAUGACAACCAAGGAAAGAUGAACCUGUAUGCAGAGACCUUCUCCCAGUCUGUGGGGAUGAACCUGACUGGAUUCUUUAAGGCCUGGGGAUGGCCCAUAGAAACAGCCACAGAAGAGAAACUCUCCAGCCUACCUCCCUGGAGUGAUCACCCCAUGGUCCAGUAUGACUGAACAUCUGACUGCAGCAGCUCAGCGAGCACUGACAAAGUUAUGAGCACCAGUGAAAUUCCCAACAUGAGCUGCAUUAUAGAGAAUAAAUUUAACCAGUUAUUGCUCUCUUUUUGCUGUUGCUGCAUCUUGGCCAUAUUUAUUCCAUUAUUUUCCAUAUUAAUUCCAUUAUUUUAAGAGAAACUGAAAGUAUGCAGUAUGUUUAUGUGAAUAGUCCAAACCUUUGGAGAUUAGUUACAAUAUCUUUACUAGAUUGUUUUCUUUAGUUGAACAGUGAAGAUGGAAAUAUUCUGCUGCUUUUAGCUCUCACAUGGAGACACUUGUUUAGUCUUCUGAACAAUAUUUGCAAUACAACUGUGCCUUACACACAGGUAUUCAUGUCCUGUUGUUUCAUAGCAUCAAUAAAAGUUGUUCAUAUGAGGAAAGAAUAAAACGUUAUCAUUAGUUAUGAACUAUGUGUACAUUUGUCAUUAUUGUAGUUUGAAAAAUAACCUGGAAAGCAAUACUGUGUGUCCAAAUCAAGAAAGUGGCCCUUUUUGAAACAGCUCUUUGCUUUGAAGUUGUGUAUUGAGGUUAAUGAUGGAAUUAACUUAUUCUGUAAGGUGAAAUUUAAAAAAAAGAAAAGACAUUAAAAACCUGUUGAUACUA